AUGGCUGCUGAGAAUGUGGAGGUUUGUUUUGAAGAAGGAAAGUUGCGGUUACCUUCACAUGUUCUAGAUGAGGAUUGUGCCAUAAACACAAAGGCAAAUAUGAGGCAACGACAACCUCAACAACAGCAUUAUCGUCUCAAAUCUCCUGCAGAGACACUUCCACAGCAUUUGAAAUAUAGCAUAAGAUCACCACAUCAUAGACCAAAACUUGGACCAAAAGAGGAAUGUCGUGGAGGAGGAUUUGGAAUGCAAGCUUUCUUCCUGGAGCAAGACAGAAAAUCGUGUGGUACUGGUGUUUUUCUUCCACGGAGGGCAGACGCCAACUCCCAACCAAGAAAGAAGCCAGCCUGCUCUCCGGUUCUCCUCCCUUCUCGUGUCGUUCAAGCUCUCAACCUUAACGUGCAUGCAUUAGGCUUGCAUCUAUCGCCCAAGAAAGAUACCCAAGCAGGUAAACCAGAAACUAGAGAAUAUUGUAAUUCAAACAUAAACAAGAAUGGCACACAAUAUUGCUGCGUUAUAUCGCAGAAUCGAAAUUCUUCGCAGAUGAUAUAUCUUCCAAAGGAAUGGACUUACUAGCUCCAAGUUGACUUUUCC